AUGUCUGCCCCCCAAGCCGCCAUCUUGGACGAGCGGUCGGGCUGCGGGCGGGGGGAGCGGCUGGCGCUGGCGCUGGCGCGGGAGCACGUCAACGGGAUCCUGGGGACCCCCCCCCGCGCCCGCCUGGAGGUCGACAUCUUCGAGCUGCAGCGCGACAGCCAGUACGAGACCACCGACACCAUGUGUCAGAUCCUGCCCAAGGGGGUGGUCUCGGUCCUGGGUCCGGCCUCCAGCCCGGCCGCAGCCUCCACCGUCAGCCACAUCUGUGGGGAGAAGGAGGAGACCAUGAGGAGCUCAGGUGGUGGGGCUGGACACCGUGGGGGGAGCUGGUUCCAUGGGGCUGGGUUUCUGUGGGGUGGGGCUGCCGUGGGGCAGAGCCACCCUCUCCCCCCUCCCCAGGCCUCGGAGCUGGGCAUGACGUCGGCUUUCUACAAGUACAUCCUGACCACCAUGGACUUCCCUCUGCUGCGGCUGGACGCGCUGGCGGACGCUCCCUCCACCGUCCUGGGCUUCUCCAUGUUCAACACCAGCCACCCCUUCUACCUGGAGUUCGUCCGAAGCCUCAACAUGUCCUGGCGCGAGAACUGCGAGCUCAGCCCCUACCCCGGCCCCGCGGUGAGGGGGGACCCCAAAAACCCCCGGGGGGACCCCAAAACCCCCACGGGGACCCCAAAACCCCGGGGAGAACCCUCAGCCCCAAGGGGAACCUCAAAGCCUUGGUGGGAACUCAAGCAUCUUCGGGGGAACCCAAGCAUCCAGGGGAGGUUGGGGCUCCGUGCCCCCCAGGUGGGCGUGUGGUACUCCAACCGGACGCUGGCCAUGAACGCCACCACCUUGGCCAUCAACGCCUCCGACAGCCUGGCCAACAAGACCCUCAUCAUCACCACCAUCUUGGAGAACCCCUACGUGAUGCGGGUGGGGGGCGCGGGCGGCCCCGAGCGCUACGAGGGCUUCUGCGUGGACAUGCUGCAGGAGUUGGCCGGGCUCCUCAAGUUCCGCUUCCACAUCAAGCUGGUGGAGGACGGGCUCUAUGGGGCGCCCGAGCCCAACGGCUCCUGGACGGGCAUGGUGGGCGAGCUCAUCAACCGGAAAGCCGACCUGGCGGUGGCCGCCUUCACCAUCACGGCCGAGCGGGAGAAGGUCAUCGACUUCUCCAAACCCUUCAUGACCUUGGGCAUCAGCAUCCUCUACCGGGUCCACAUGGUUCAAGGAGGUCCUGGGGGGGGGCUGAGCCCCUACGAGUGGUACAACCCCCACCCCUGCCUGCGGGAGAGACACAACCUCCUGGAGAACCAGUACACGUUGGGCAACAGCCUCUGGUUCCCCGUGGGGGGCUUCAUGCAACAGGGCUCCGAGAUCAUGCCCCGCGCCCUCUCCACCCGCUGCGUCAGCGGGGUCUGGUGGGCCUUCACCCUCAUCAUCAUCUCGUCCUACACGGCCAACCUGGCGGCCUUCCUCACGGUGCAGCGCAUGGAGGUGCCCAUCGAGUCGGCCGAUGACUUGGCCGAUCAGACCAACAUCGAGUACGGCACCAUCCACGCCGGCUCCACCAUGACCUUCUUCCAGCCUUCUCCAGGCUCGCCCUUUCGGGAUGAGAUCACCUUGGCCAUCCUGCAGCUGCAGGAGAACAACCGCCUGGAGAUCCUCAAGAGGAAGUGGUGGGAAGGAGGACACUGCCCCAAAGAGGAGGACCACCGGGCCAAAG